AUGUCAGAAAUUAAGGAACCAAAAGUUUCAUAUGAUGCCUGCUUUCAGUCUGCAGAUGAGAAAGAAUUGCCUAUAAAAGGAAAUGGCAAAUCAAGUUCAGAUCUGAAAACCUCCACACCCAGCAGUAUGUCACAAGACACCACUGAAGUUGACAAAAAGCCAAAUCUUUUAACCACGGGAAAAGAUAAUGAGGUAGUAAAUGCCACUUUGCCCAAAACAUCAGCACUAUCUUCUGAAACAGUGACCCAAGAGUCUAUCAGGAACACCGGUUCUGAGGUAUUGCCUGGUGCCACUACAGCAGUAAUCGACCCAGAGACAGUGGUCACUCGUGUGAGUGACGAUGUACCGAUAAACUCACUUUCUGACCCUCCUUGCACUGUUUCUUUAACCAAUGAAAACCCCUCUUCACCACCCAGUGCUCAGGUGGUGGAUUCUGUAACCAACACAAUGGUUGUAGACACCAUCAGUUCAGAGGCUGGUGCCACACCUACAACUGCUAUGGUUGGACAAAUGACUGUACUUGAUUCUACAGAGUCUGCUGCUAGUGGCACAUCUAUGGUCCUGAGUCAAAUUCCUGUAGAAGCAGGAGGACAUUCAGUAGACACGAAACCAUCUAAAGUUACCACUAUAGAUAAUGUGACAGCAAAACCUGCAGAUAAUAUUGCUGCCCAUUCCUCUAAUGACAACACAAACAUUAUCAACAACACAACUACUACCACCACCACCACUACAACAGCAACAACAACAAACAAUAACAAUAAUACAAAUAAGAGCUGUCCAACUUCAGCUAAUGGUACUGUGGCCUCAAGUGCCAUACCUAAUCAUAGUGGAAGUAGUGAUGGGAGUUCCCCAACUGCUCGAAUCUCUUCUCCUGCCACUGGAGCUGCUGCCACUAUCACAACAAGUACUACAGCCUCACCCAGUGGUACACCACCCCUCAACAACAGUGGUAGUAGCUGUGGGGUAGGCAAUACUAACAAUGGUAGUACUCCCAGCAGUGGUGGCACUCAUUCACCACCUAACCCUCAGCAUGUGGUUCUUGUGCACAUUCAACUUGGUGAAAUUUUUGCUGUCAGAGUCGGAGACCAAGUUCAACAUAUUCGAGGUAAGUGCCUUUUACAGUGA